CAACAUUUAGAGAGACUGAAAAAAGCAGUGUCGUACAACCGCACCCAUCAUCAAGUAUCAAUGUUGAAAGUUCAGCAACAGUUUAAGGGAAUCUUAACGAGUAGACCCGAACAUUUUAUUCUUUAUCAACCAUUUAAUGAAACACUUGACGGGAUGGAGACUCUUACACUGAAGGAAAGAAAUAGUUAUCGCACUGGGGCCAGGGCGUGGAUAAAGAAAACAGUGGAUGCUUAUAAAAAGCUGAUUUUGUACAUUGGCCAAUCCUAUAUGACGAAUCUACGCACUGGGCUCGGCGUAUGUUCCUGGGGAAAUGGGCGGGAAUUUUACAAAGCUACCCUCAAGUGGCACCUCACUACCGACAUAACACCCAGGGAGGUCAACGACAUAGGGAUCAGAGAAGUGACGAGAAUCAAGGAGAAAAUGAUGAAGGUCUUACGUCGGCUUGGAUUCAAGGGAACCAUCCGAGAAUUCACCACCUCUAUGAAAGCAGAUCCUAGAUAUACAGUUAGUAGUACGCACACCAUUUUGAAUAUGUACAAAGAGAUUAUCAAGGACAAAAUCGAGCCAAUCCUUCCUAGACUCUUUAAAGACAUCCCAAAACUUCCAUUAAGGGUAGCCCCCAGCCUUACCGAUGGUAUAUAUGCUGGCUAUGAAGCUGGUUCUAAGGAUGGAAUACGGCCAGCAGUGUUCUACGUGAAUCUUUUCCGACCCACUGACGUGUCUAUCCCAGAUUUUAUGCCGAUUGCGCUGCAUGAAACUUUACCAGGAUAUCAUCUGCAGAGGUCAAGCCAAGCGCUGGCACAGUUACCUUUGUUUCGUCAGCACAAUAAAGGGAGCCACAAGUACUUUCAGGUUCCUUUUGAUUUCCCGGAUUACAAUGUGUUUGCUGAGGGUUGGGCCUUGUAUGCGGAAUCACUAGGAGAGAGGAUGCGAUUAUUCCAAGAUGACUACUACUUGUUGGGCCGCUAUAGCUCGGAGCUUUUCCGGUCAUGCUUACUGGUUGUAGAUACAGGAAUCCAUUACUACAGCUGGAGCAGAGAACGCGCUGUGGAGUACCUGAUGACGCACUCGACAUUUGGUCUGGACCUGUUGGAGAACAUAGUUGACAGAAUAGUCACGUGGCCUGGACAAGCGUGUGGUGCAAAGAUAGGAGAACUGAAAAUACGGGAGCUGCGUCGUAGAGCUGAACGGAAACUCGAUUGGAAAUUCGACAUUAAAGAAUUUCACGCGGAACUACUGCGACACGGUGAUGUACCGUUACAAGCAUUGGAAAGGAUCGUAAACAAUUGGAUUACCCGAACAGCAAACAGUACUGUAUGUGGGGCAGCAUCUACUCUACACUUCUGGAACCCUUAUAAACUGCUAGUAACAGUCGUUAUCUUUCUUAUACUAGUGUAGUGAUCAAAUAAUUUUAGUAAAAUUAUUCUUGACAUCAAUGAGUUUUAUUUAAAUAUGUGAUGUCUAGAAAGAUCUGAAAAAUACAAAGUGCAUAACAUUCUACUGAUGUUAAUGUAAAACAAUUUCGAAGUUGAUACAUUUUAAAAUAUCCUUCAGAUGGAUUAAAAGAUGUUUCAAUCAGAUAGUAAUGUUGGAUAUGCUGAGAUAAAGGUUGUUGACGUGAUAUUAACAUAAAUAUCUUUUGAACGUCUAGUAAACAAUGGUAAGUUCAACGGGUGUGAGGGUAAAAGAAAGAAACUUGUAGGUAACGUCAUUGUAAUCAGGAGAGGUGGGGCUAAUUGGGUACUUUAAAAAUGGGCAGUGAAUGUAAUUAUUACAUCAGAAAGGACUGAGUGUCAUUGUAUCAGAGGAAAAUGCGCGUGUGAUGACAUUGUUUGUUGAGAUGGUGUGUGAUGAUUAAAGUGUUUCAGAGAAAUAUCAAUGUGUUGUGACAUUACUUUAUCGAGUGGGAAUGAGUGUGCGGUGACGUUAUUGUGAUGACUGAGAAUUAGAUGGCGUUGGCGUCGUUGUCUCGGAGAGAGGUAUGGCGAUAACGUUGUUGUAGCGGGGAGAAUGUUUGUGUUACGUCGACGUAUUGAAGUUGAAUGAAUGAAUGCGUGUGUGGUGAUGUCAUUGUUACGGGUGAGAAUGACUUGUUUACGCCAUUGUAUCGGAAGGGAAUGAGCAUUAGGUGACGUCAUUGCAUCGGAAGAGAAUGGGUGUGUGUUGACUUCAUUUUUUUAAGAAAAUGGAUGUAUUAACGUCAGUUUAUUGGAGGAGACUAUGUACGUGCUAAUGUCAUUCUGUAGGAGAAUAUGUAUGUGCUGAUGUCGUUCUGUCGGAGGAUAUGUAUGAGCUGAUGUCAUUCUGUAGGAGGAUAAUUUGUAUUUGGUUACGCCAUUGUAUAGGACGGAAAUUAACAUAGUGUGACGCCAGUGUAUUGGAGUAGAAUGUAUAUGUGAAAUAUAUUUCACAUCAAGGAAAACCAUGAUAUGUGGGAAAAUCUCACUUGAAACUCCUGUUAAUAUGCUGAAAUCGAAUUUCAUUUUAUUGAUUAAAUGUUUAUUUAUAUCACACCUGAUGUGUAUUAGCAUAUUCUAAUAUCCAACCGAACUGUCAAUGUUUUCAAUUAUUUAAUGGACUCUUUCCACCAAUUUUAUAUACAACAAAAUCCUUAUGAACAGUUUAUUCAUGUGCACGUACGUUUUAAUUAUUUAAAUCGUUAAAAGUAUACUUUCAGAAAAUUUCAUUUGAUUUACACAAACGUUCAUGUACAUUUUAAUGUUUCUGAAUAGUAUUCUUACGCUUCUCCAUUCAACCAGUUCAAAACCAGGUUUGUCCAUUAACUUAAAAAAAUUACAAUUUACCAGUUAUAUAUGUAUGAUAUUUUAUUAUUUAUCUCAAUUUGAAUAUAACAAGUACAUUAUUAGCAUAAAUUGCAUAUAUAGUAUUAUGAUAAGGGAAUGUAGCAUACAAUUACAUGUAUAUUAUCCAUGAUGCAAUGAAAACAUAUAACUUUUAAUAUUAAAGUCUGCUUAUUUGUAAACGUGUACGUGUAUUAGUGGAAUUACCGCGUAAUAACCGGACAUGUACACCAUAAAACAGACAUAACCUACCAAAUGUCGUUACGACUUAAAGAACGUUCAUAUUGACAAUUAAACAGAUACGACCUACCAAUUGUCGUUAUCACUUAUUGAACGUUCAUAUUCACCGUAAAACAGAUAUGACCUACCAAUUGUCGUUAUCACGUAAUGAACGUUCAUAUUCGCCGUAAAACAGACAUGACCUACCAACUGUCGUUAUCACGUAAUGAACGUUCAUAUUCACCGUAAAACAUAUAUGACCUACCAAAUGUCGUUACGACUUAAAGAACGUUCAUAUUCAC